AUGAGUGUCGCAUACGAGCCGCGGUCGUUCCACGAGGACAGUCCGUACGCGCCCGUCGGCGAAAACGACCAUGACAUGAACAAGUUCAUCAACGAGGCAAACGUGGACGACAUGGCAAACCUGGCUGCUGCCACCUACGAGCCUGCCAACCAGUCCUCCCCAGCCGUGUUCCACGCAUCGCCCUCCCCUGCUCUCGACCUGCACCCCGUCGGCCCCCCAAACGUCGACCCUACCAACGUUCCCGUCCGAGACCUAUCGCCCGCAGCUCCGAAUGCGUUCAACUCGACCCAGACCCAAUCUCAGCGCAUCAAGCCCAUAGCCAAGCCCAACCGAGAGGUGACCAAGAGCGAGGACGGGAAGUUCAUAUGUACAUAUCCUGACUGCAACGAGCUGCUCAAGAAGUUCCAGAGGAAGUGCGAGUGGAGUAAACACAUGGACAAGCAUGAGCGACCCUACGUCUGCACCGCCAAGGGAUGCGAGAAGAUCCAAGGCUUCACAUACAGCGGUGGCCUGCUGCGACACGAGCGCGAGGUCCACGGAAAACACGGAGGGCCCAAAAAGAAGCUCCUCUGCCCUCACGUCAACUGCAAGCGCUCCAGCGGCAAGGGCUUCUCCCGCCAGGAGAAUCUGUCCGAGCACCUCCGCCGCGUGCACACGUCCGCCGGCCCCAUACAGAUGGAGAGCCCCGGCAGCGAGAAUACCGACAACAGCACGAGCGAUGUCGCUACUGCUGCCUUUGCGGCUCUGAAUAGCGCCGCACUGAGCCCCGCAAACCUGGACAGCCACCCCGCCGACGCGCGCGAAAAGCGCAAACGCAGCAUCGACGACGACGCCGGCCGCAGCAGUGGUGAGGGUGGUGACGGCGACGACCGAUCCGAGGAGGACGUCCGCGCGGAGAACAAGCGGCUCCGCAAGGACAACGCCGAGCUGCGCCAGCAGCUGGAGGAAACGGCGCGCGCGAACAGCGAGAUGCAGGCGCAGCUGGCCACCAUCCAGCAGGCCCUGGGCACCCCCAUCAACCAGACCCUGGCGUUCCAACAAGCACCGGAGCUCUAG